AUGGAAAGACACCCAAAUUUUAACCUAAUUCUAAUAACUUCCCUAACUAUUCGUCAUGUCACGGCUUCAAUAGAGAUUCCAGUUCAUUCAUUUUUAGUUGACCGUAAGUUGUUUCAAAAAAACGAAAUAAAUUUUUACUUUACCGCUACGUCUAACAAUGUUGUAAAUUCAGUCGACUUCCACUUUUUUUACGGCACAUCCAUGCAAUACAUGGUCACCGAAUUCUCUCUAAGCGUGCCCGAAAUCAUUGUACUGGACGACGAAUGUGGGAAAACAUACGGAAAAUGCCGGUCGUAUUGCUACGAUCGUAAGAAUUGAAAUUUAUCGUAUUAUUUUUCUUUGUCGGCCACCAGCACCUUUACCAAUUAAUUUUCAGCCAACUUUUGCCAUCUAUAUUGCAGUCCAAUGUGUUGCAUCGCAAAACCUUGGAUUGUUAAGAACUGCGAGGACACGCUGCAGGGUUACAAACAUAACUCGACGGCGCUAAAGAUAUCGAAAGACUAUUGGCGCGGCACAGACCUGCAACACUAUGGAGUUUGGGCGGAGGAUGAGAUUUGUUUCCGACAGUCCGAUGGGACUCUCAUUGACGUCGGGAUUCAACGGUUCGCCUUGCAAACCAUCAACACCUUUGAUAAGAUGGGCCUUUUUGGACAGUAAGACCCAGUAUAGGCCGCCCUCCGGCUUUCAUCAUCAUAUUUUUCUUAGCCGUACCUCCUUAUUUUUUCGUACUCUAGCGGAAUAGCGCGUUUCACGCAAUGCUCCCAAAAGUAGCGGGUGACCUGAUCCAGUGGUAAAAAGCGUACCAUUUUGCAUCCGGGAAACAUCAAAAAAUGUGGCAAAAUUCUUCCCUCUCGAUGUGAAAAAACUCCGAUUUCAAAAGCGCGCCCCACAGCGUUCCGAACAUUUUUUCGGCCGCCGAUCGGUGUCGAAAAAAGGAAAAAAUAAAAAGUAGUGCUUACAAGUCGGUGUAUAUUUGGCUAGCCGCAAUAGAUGUAACAAAACUAAAAAAUGGCUGUUAGACUAUAAGACGUUGCCAUUCCACGUAUACAAACUGCGUCAUCAAAUCUUAUGUUAAUGUUGAGAAAAUAAUGAUCGAAAAUUAUUAAAAAUUCAACCUUCAGGUAAAAAAAGUGUACCUUCCAACCCUUAAGCACACAAUUUUUUUUCGCGCGCCCUUCAAAACAAAGUUUUUUUCACUUGAAGAGGGAAGCAAUUUGCCACAUUUUUGAUGCCUCCCGGAUGCAAAAUGGUAUGUUUUGUGCUACUGGAUCAGGGGCCUGUUUCAUCAACGAAAAAUAAAUAAAAUAAACGAAAGGGAAAGCGAGAGAACACCCAAAACACGUUUCGAAGCGAGAGAGUCGCGACAGAUUAGUAGAGACCAUCUAUAGAGCGGCGCAUUUAUCACAGCGAUCGGAGUGACUUUUUACGUCCAAAACGGGGGGUUCUCAGCAGUAAUCAGUGGAUAACUCGGCUCCCGGUGGUCGUAGAAUCACCCUUCCAAAAACCAAAUAAAGCUAUUCCCUAGAGCUACGUGAUAUCCAAAUUUCAUAUUUAUACUUCAAAAAAUUAACUCAGUAGACACCUAGUAGAUCGUAGUAUUCAACUUUUUUGACGUUUUUUUCUGAAAAACGUUAUUAUUUCAGUCAAUUUUUAACAUAAUGGGAUAAAAUUGGUACCAGUCGAUAGCCAAACGUUUACUCUACAAAACUUUUUUAGAGGGGCGGUUUAUUUCAAAAAAUGAACUCGGUAGACACCUAGUAGAUCACAGUAUUUACGCUUUUUUUACGUUUUUUCGGGAAAAAACUUUGUUUUUCACUCAGUCUUUAACAUAAUGGGAUAAAAUUACCAGUCGAUAGCCCAACGUCUAAUCUAUAAAAAAUUUUUAGAGGGGCGGCUUCUUUUGCCCUGUGGCCUGCGAAACGUCUAUGUUUACUGUCAUGAACCACCGUUUUUGACACAAAAAACCAUCGCGUUUCGAGGGCCCUUUUCCUCUCUUUUGGUUUUUUCGGAAACGAUCGAAGGACUUUUUACGCAAAUAGAAGACAUCGUCUCACGAAAUUGAACGUUUCGCAGGCCACAGGGCAAAAGAAGCCGCCCCUCUAAAAAUUUUUUAUAGAUUAGACGUUGGGCUAUCGACUGGUACUAAUUUUAUCCCAUUAUGUUAAAGACUGAGUGAAAAACAAAGGUUUUUUUCGGAAAAACGUAAAAAAAGCGUAAAUACUGUGAUCUACUAGGUGUCUACCGAGUUCAUUUUUUGAAGUAAACCGCCCCUCUAAAAAAGUUUUGUAGAGUAAACGUUUGGCUAUCGACUGGUACCAAUUUUAUCCCAUUAUGUUAAAAAUUGACUGAAAUAAUAACGUUUUUCAGAAAAAAACGUCAAAAAAGUUGAAUACUACGAUCUACUAGGUGUCUACUGAGUUCAUUUUUUGAAGUAUAAAUAUGAAAUUUGGAUAUCACGUAGCUCUAAGGAAUAGCUUUAUUUGGUUUUUGGAAGGGUGAUUCUACGACCACCGGGAGCCGAGUUAUCCACUGAUUACUGCUGAGAACCCCCCGUUUUGGACGUAAAAAGUCACUCCGAUCGCUGUGAUAAAUGCGCCGCUCUAUAGAUGGUCUCUACUAAUCUGUCGCGACUCUCUCGCUUCGAAACGUGUUUUGGGUGUUCUCUCGCUUUCCCUUUCGUUUAUUUUAUUUAUUUUUCGUUGAUGAAACAGGCCCCAGGUCCCUCACUGUACAGGGUGCGCCAAAAAUGGACAAAAAUUUUUUUGGCAAUACCUUUGCUCUAGGGUAAAAUAUUUGCGGAAAUGUUUUGGCCCAAUAUGUAAAUAGCGACGUCCAAACAAUAUAUUCAGUAAAGAUGUACCCCUAUAAGAAUAGAAUAGGGGUAUAAGAGUAGGGGUACAUCCUUACUGCAAAUUUUUUUCUUAAAGUGUCAAGUCAAAAUCGCUCGAAUUUUAAAAACAAUUUCAUCAGCUUGGACCGCUGCAAAGAGCCCAAAGAUAUUAUAUUUGCAAAUAUCUUUUGGAGUAUUUCACGAAACACCCUGUAAUUUUCAGAGUAAAAAUCGGCCUUGGCCGGGAUCCCGACAACAAGAAUUUCGUUCAAAUGUUGUAUGACAAAGGGCACAUUGAGGAGGAAAAGGUUGCGAUGGUGUUCCCACCUUAUAGCGGCAUUAUGGUAUUCGGAAAAUCCAACAUUCACGGCUGUGGCCCCAAAUGGAAUGAGGUGAAGGUGUGUGGAACGCGAGAAUGGAUGUUUGAGGCCAUCAAAGUGUCGUUUUUCGACUACACGUCUGAACACAAUUAUAAGGUAUCGGUUUUAAAACUGGAUGCUUUUUUCAGACCUUGGAUAUCUUGUUCGGACCUGGACAAACAAAUUUUUCGCUUCUGAAAACGCUCGUCUUUUCAGGUAAUACUGAUUGAAAAUGAGCUAAAAAUGCCGAAACAUGUUCUCGUACGGUUUAUAAACGACGGCUUCCUAGUGCCCUUUGAAACCGACGUGCGGGGGAAUGUUUACAGUGUUAAUACAACUGGGCGCAACGACCUAAAGUACGAAUUUGUGGUCAAUUCUAAUCUCACACUACACAUAAACGAGUCCUCGUUGAAUGCCGGGCCCUAUACGACGUUGGAAACGCUUUCAGCGACUGGAAUUGAUUCCAAUCCGGAUAAUGUGGAGUGGAUGUUUGGGUCGAUGGUUUUGAGGGAAUAUUGCGUUCAGUUAGAUUACAAAAAUAACAUGUUGGGCUUCGCAAGGCUGUCACAAGAUGAGUCGGAAAAAAUGAGACUAAUAAAUCAGAAAACUUGA